AUGUGGCGUAUGGUAACGUCACCGAGUUAUGUGACAGGUAACGCGACUUGGUAAUGCAACGCUAAUAUUACGUUGUUGUCGGAAUCCUUUGUACUCCAGGGUGGGGUCUAUCACUACAGACAGGUACUACAAUAUUUACAGUUCUUUAUGUACCCCACCCCCACAAGACUUCAAAAAGCAAGUACUCUCCCCCCAUAGGACAAGAUGCACUUUACAUGCCCCCCCCCCUCAAUUUUGCCACCCAACCCUAUGGUGUAAAUAAUAAACGGUCCCUCAAAAUCUUUUAAAAUUUCAAACUGAAGAAAAAUAGAAACCUAAAAUGCGGAAGAGGCAACUUCUGUGUUUAACUAAAGAACUUUUUCAAUACAUUUUGUUGGCGUAAGUCAAAAAUACAGUCAAGAAUAUUUUCUUUGAGCUUCCGUGGCCAGCAAUUUGACACUAACUGAGGCAAAAAUGCAAUUACAGCAGCCAACAGGUGGGAAAUUUGUCGUCGCUGACCAAAAAUUUGCGGGCAGAAACAAAGUUCAUUGCAUUUACAUUCAAAACAAAGCAGAAAGUUAGCAAGAAGCUGUUUUAGGUGACGAUUUUUUGCUUUCCAUUCAACGAUUUACAAAUUAACGGUUAUUCUUUUAAAAGUCGACUAUGAGUUCUUUGGUUUGGGAUAAUUUGUUUUGUAAUCGAGUGAUUCGAAGAAGUUAAUAUGGCGACGUGAACAUGGGAGUAAAUACCGUAUACGUCGAUCUGUGGCUUGUUUAAAAUCGUAAUAAACGAAGAAAGACGUGAUAUGAGAAUGAAAUGUAAGUUGAAAUUAACUUUAUAUGCUUCAAAUUUUCCAUCCUAUGUUUCUUAAUGUAACUUCAGCUGUCUAAAUUCAAAAUACAAGCUCGCGAAAUUUGACAAAUUUUGAAAAUAUGUGAAAUAGCUUGACUUUGAACUGUAUUUUCUCAAAAAUAGCCCGUGGCCUCAAUUUCAAAUAUAGAUAAAUGAAAAGAAAAAACUGUUAGGUGUUUGUAGGUAUCAAACAUAUCGUCAGGAAAAUGUUUUAGCUGAGUCUUUGAGACCCAGUUGCUUCGCACGUGUUGUUGUUAAGUUUUUGCCAAGAAUCAAAGGCCGAAAUGUGAACUUUCUUCAAGAAAACCGCUUCGAGAAGGGUCUAGUUUGAGUAUUUAGCUAUUAAUUUCGAUUUCGAGAGCAUAUUUUGGUUACGCGUUAAAUAUUUUUGUAUUUGCUGAGAUUCAAAAUUUGUUGUAUAUUCAAGCCCGGCUUUAGUGUAAUUUUGGUGAUGACCGGAACAGAAAUAAAGAUAUUUUAAAAACUGGCCGUGGUCUCGCGAUAAAACUUUCUGAAAAUGUUCUCUGUUUCAUGUACUUUUAUUUAAUAUCUUAGGUAUAAGCGUAAAAAUAGGGGCUCAUACAGUUUACGAGGUGGUAAAAUGCAUGACUUGCCUCUAUGUUCAUGUAAACAUUCGAAAUUUUUCGACAGCAUAAUAGCGACUGUUUCAGAUCGAAUGCAUACGGACAGCCCACCAGAGACAAUGGCAGGGUACUGAAAUAGAACGUUACUAAACAGUUCUGUAUGAUUAAUUUAGAUCAUGUCCAUUUUCAACAUAAAACAGUCAUUUAUUUUGUACAAACAUUUGGCAAUAUUUACACGAUUGUGCCUUUUUAUAAACACGAGUUGCGUGUAUUCCACGCAAUUGUGUUGCUCACUUUGCUCGCGCAUGCUCAGACAAAUUUCCCACCUGUUACAGCAGCCAGAAAUUUACAGAUUUUGUUCGAAAAUUUCUGCUUUUGUUAGUUAAGAAGGACAUGAAUAUGAAAUGAAACAAACUACAAAAAGCAUACUUUUCGAAUAUCGGUGCUUUUUAUUAAUCUAUAUAUUUUGUUUUUUAUAUAUUUUGUUUUAUUAAAUUAAACUCUAAAUUAAAUUUCUUUAAAUACUAAUAUAUUACUGAGCGAGAGUGAGGGCAGUGCGGGAAAAUGUCCAACCGAGAUCUUGCUGUAUUGACAGAGCGAUAGCGAGGUCAAUACAGCAAGACCGAGCUUGGAUAUUUUCCCGUACUGCCCGAACUGUUGAGGUCAGUAAGUUUUUUUUACUAAACGGCAUUCUACUUUUGUAGGAAAUGGGAAAAAAGGUCACGCGAGGUCAAAGUACAAAGUCCGACUCAUUUGCAAAAAAAUAACAAUUGUAAAACAUUUUCUCAUGGUUAAUAGUGAAACUACUUUACACCACUUUUUGAGAAUACUAACACGGUUUGGAUAGUAUUUGAAGAAAAAUACGAGGUAUUUCGUCAUUUAAUCACAGGCAACAAAUAUGAAAACAGUGAAAUUAAAUUAAUAAACAGCAUCGACAAGUACGUUUUCGGCUCGCUUAAUUCGUCUCUUUUUAUCUGACAAAAACAGAACUUUUCAGGGAAAAAUUAUAAAUCUAUGUCUUCUUUAGUUGUAUUUUUUAUUUAGAUGGUGUCAGAUUCCACCUGGCCAUCUGCAAAUAAAAUUGUAGCUCUUCACCAACCUCGUACCCAGGGCUAGCCGCGAACUGAAGGCGGCGGCGUAGCCCUGGUAAACGCUGGUCACGUGACUCCAACAUUACGUAAUUGUUACUUUUCUCAACCGGCGGGUGAAUGCUAGAUGUGAAACUCGAAGAUAAACAGUUUUUAUCUCCGAAAUUCUUCAAUCUUCCCUGUGAAUUUUGCAUUUCAAGCUUUUCUCAAAGUACGGCGAUCGAUCAAAUGGAUUAAUACUUUCUGUAGAAAACUGAACUCAGUGAGAUUUGUUCGUAUGAGACGUUUAAAAGAGUUGGAUAUGUCGCUCAAGACGCUCGAUCAUUUGCACAGGUUUAUGGUUUAGUACUUUGUUCAGUUUGUUGCGACUUGCGAAGCAAAUGAAUGCAAAUUCAACUCUUGUAUAAUGACUAAAAGUUGGUUUGUAGAGAGACAACUUAUACAAAAGAUAUGAAUUACUUGAACUUCAAACUAGAGACAAGUUCAUGGACAUCCCUAAUAUAUGGACAUUGUCACAUUGAUAUUUCACCAAUAUGUAAAUAUGAAGUCAUUAAAUAUAUAAAAGGAUUGUAUAUGUACAAGUGUUGUGCUGUGGUAUUUACGUUUUUAACCCUUUAAGUGGCAAUGCAUCGUACUUUGUUAGUUUACUCUGUCUAACGCCAGACAAUUUUACUCGUCAGGUGGACAGUGCAUGCCGCCACUCAAUGGGUUAACAUGGUCGAUGAACAUGCCAAAUGAUCCUUGACCAUGGUAGUGCAUUUUUGCACUUGCUGGAUGAUAUCGCAACCAAACAUUGUUUCAGAGGAAGAGCCCUGAGAUCAUACUGUGUAGCAAUUGGAAUCUCGCAUAGACCCUGCUCUUGCAUAAAGCAGGCAAGACCUUCACUCAGAAGCCAGGAUUAAUAUUAAUUCCCCACAUAAACAUUUGGAAGCCGGACUGGCCCAUCUACCAUAUGCAGGACAAAAAAACAUGCAGCCUGGAUAACUGUUAAACAACCAAAUCAGCAUGAUAAAUGUGUAAACAGUGUGAUAAUUUUUGCUUAGCCCAAACCAAAGCCAGUUUUCUAGAAUUAAUUUGCAGAAUCCUAAGAAUUGGACCUCCAACUUGAAGAGCUAGCUGUGCUAACCAAGUUGCAUGGGCAACCCUGAAUUGAAGUGACUAGAGCAAAUCGUCAAAAAGUAAUAGAGAGAUCAGAUUUGACUUCCACUACUGCUAUUGCUAUCAUUAACUAUUAACCAGAUAAGUUUCAUUUAUCCAAUCAAACAAUCGGAUGCAACUGCCAGAUCAAGUAGUGGCAGCGGAAGUCAAAUUUAAACUUUCUAUAUUAUAUAUGGAUUUCAGAGAGACCAGUCAUUAUUUGCUGAUAUAUUAUUAUAACUUGUAUAAUCAAAAGCUACAGUAACUAUAUAUUCAUUUAUGAUAUUGAAAAUUGAUAUUUAAUUAUCUAUAAAGUGAGAAUAAUUUUUAAAAAAUAUAACAUAAAAUGAUUCAUGCAUGCUGGUGAUUAAAUAUACCAUAUGGAGUGUGCAUUCUGAAUCUCUACAAAUUCCUUGACAUUAUUUUUCCAGUACAGUGUAAAACUAUAUAAAUGUGACACAGGUUGCAGGUAUUAGGUUGCAUGUCCACCAGUGUGCUGAAAUACCAUCCAGUGACCCGGUCUUGUUCAUUGUUACUUGCAUCUUGCUCAUAAAGUUCUUUUCAAUAAUAUAGAAAACUUCAAAAUCAUGCAGUAAAUUUAAUUUAAAAAUUUGGUGAAAGGGGUCAAUAGAUGAAGAAAUCAUUUCUUCUUGUUCAUACAUAUGGCCCCCAUCUCUGUCAGGUGCUAGAGUAGAAAUUUAUUGAAGCCUUCAGGAAAUAGUUAUGGCAACAAGGUUACACGUCACACUGCAGAGUUGAGUUAGGCAAUUUUUUCAAAGAUCCCAAGGGCACAAAAGGUAUAAAUGUAGGGGCAAGGGAACAAAAUAAUGAAAUUUUAAUAUGGGGGCAGGUUUUACGAUGUGGUGCUAAACCUUUUCCCUAACAAAUCCCUGACCAGCUGUAGUUGUCAUGAACAUUAAGAAUACUCAUUAACUGAUGUUUGACUGUUGAAAUAUCCUAGCAGGAAUAGGUCAUCAGAUUUUAGCUUUGUCAACCUGGCCACUCUGUUAUUACAGUAAUGGCUCAUUUAGAUAAUUUCAGGCCAUUAAAUGUGUAUACAAAGUAUUUGAAGUUAUACUGCUGUAAACUGUAGUUUAAUAAUACUGUAAGUGCAAACACGUUUCUCGCAGGGACAAAUCAAUAUUUUAAAUAAUAAUCAUGUGAGAGUAGAACUUUACUGAGAGUCUGAGUAUAGUAUUAUAGGCCAUAGUCUGGCCAUGUGUUUCUCAUUCCUCGACAAAUUCAGCUAACUAUAUUAACAUACUGUACUGUAUCAAAUAUAUUAAAUAGCCUUCGAAAUAUAUAUUUCAUAGAGCUAGUCAGUGUAACAAAUUAUGGGAAUCUGCUAAAUAAUUUGUGACAAUAAAAAAUACUUCUAAAUAUUUUAUAAUUCAUACUGUAUCUUUUACUUGAUGGAAAUCAUCACAAAUCAGAGGCGUAGCCAGGAUUUUCAGUCAGAGGGGGCCGGCAAAAACCCAGGUGGGGCCAAGCCGCCAGUGACUCGAGACGUAAAGUUCGCGCAAGAAAAAAUUUUGCGGACCACACAACAUUUUAAAUCUCCCCCCUCCCCUCCCCCCCUUGUCGACAUCUUCUUCGGUAAAAAAAUUUUCUGGACACUAACAUUACAAUUGCUUUGGUAGUACUUUCCCAAUUUCCGUAUCACUUUUUCCGAUGCUUCACCACGAAGAUUUCGACUAACAUUAGAGUGUUUGAGCAAGAGAACGAAGUCGGACGACGUGGGCCGUGGUUGACAAUUUUUGCCUGUCUUGCACAUUAUCUUACGCAUUCUGAGUCUAGAGUCAGGCGUGAAGACAGAUUAGAGAUUUAUGUCUACCUGUUUAUGAAUGCUGACCCAAAACCUUACCCUGAUCAAGACAAAACGGCGAGACAUGAAUCCAUAUGUCGCCUUCGUUCUUUUGGGAAAAUUCGCUGUGAACUUCGUUCCGAACGAAGACAGAAGGACAAAGACGGGAUAUAGUUUCAUUCUCGCUGUUUUUUUCUGGGUCAGAGCAAGAAUUAGGGUCAGUAUGCAUAAACAACGACACAUGGAAAGACACGUUGAGCAACCACCAGUGACGUCCAAGUCAAUAUGCGCAAGAUAAUGUACAUACGGCAAAAAUUGGCAAGUACGCCUUCGUCUUCGUACUUCGUUUUCUUGCUCAAACUCUGUAUUGACAAUUUUCCGACGGGUCUCCCCCCCCCCCUCCCCUCCGCCCACGGCGCCACUGCCGAGCACGCAUUAAAAAUUCACUUGUAAAAAAAAACAGAUUGGUUUAAACUUCAUCUAACCCUCAUUUAAUACAUAUUGAAAUAAUUAGGGUUAGAAAAGGUAUGUGUUUCAGUCAAGCUGUGUGCCGUAAAUAAGCGAACAAGUGAUUUUAGGUUUCACACCGAUGCCCAGCAAAGCAUAUAUUCUACAGAAUUUUUGCAUUAUUGACAGCAUGAACCUAUAUAAUCAAGGAUUCCCUUUUUUAUACAAUACAUUUUAUCAGGCCCCCCAAAUUUUUCCAGGGGGGCCCCAAAAUUCUGCCAGGGGGGGUCGGGGCCCCCGGCCCCAGCCCUGGCUACGCCUCUGUCACAAAUUAGUAUGUACGAAGUUGUCUCCAUUUUCCUUCGAAAUUCGAAACAUCGCCUCCUCGGCGAUUUAUAUGAUGCGAUAUAAAAGAAGAUUGAUGUACAUUCGACGUAUAUAUAAACGUAACAUGUUAAAAAGAAAGAUUACAACAAAAAAUAAAAGAAUAUAAAUAAUCCGCCCUCCUGUCUUUAUUUCCAUAAAGCCCACUCGCAGGCUAAUACUCCAAGAAUCUUGGAGUAUUUGCCUGACACGUGACCAGCGUUUACCAGGGCCUCGCCCGCUUUGGCGGCCAUGUUAAAAAAUUUCGGCGGGCAGGCCCUGGGUACGAGGUUGGCUCUUCACAUAGUCAGACUACAACUAUUCUUGAUUGCUCUAAAUACUAAUUAAGUUUAAACACAUAUUGCAUUGUAAAAUUUACCUUGUAAAUUCGACUUUAAAUUUGCUCACAAAAACGUAUUGAAAAAGUUCUUUAAUUAACCUCAGGAGUUGCCCCUCUUCUCUAUUUUUGGUCUAUGUUUCUUUGUUUUGAAUAGUUUGAAAGACUUUUAGACACUUUUUGCCGUUUGAAACUCGGUUCUCGUCGCAGGCUCGCAGCUUCGUAGUAUGAUAAAAGUUUCGUAUUGCCCGUGGGCAAUACGGGAAAAUCCUGCCUCGUCAGCAGCCAAUAAAAUUGCACCAUUCGUCAAAACAAAUACUUGCCAUAUAAAUAUCCAAUAUUCUAUAAAAGGUGCUGUACAGUAGUUUCAAAAGCCAUAAAUGAAAUUUAUACAAUCGAAAUUUUGCAAAUGUUUCGGACUUUGUUCUUUGCCCUCGCUUGACCAUGGUUUUCGUUCUUUUACAAAUGUAUACAAUACCCAGUGGCGCCCCCAGCUCGAUAAUUGGGGGGGGGGGGCGAAUAUUCAUAUCUUCAUGUUCUGCAUUAUUAACUUCUUUUCAAAUCGAUUGUUUUUAUGGUCUGUGAACUCAAAUAUAUGAAUAUUCGCCCCCGCCCCCCAAUUAUCGAGCUGGCGGCGCCACGGACAAUGCCUUAUAAAAAAAAAACUUACGGACUUUAUCUGCUUGGUUUUGCUGUAUUGACCUCGCUAUCGCUCGAUCAGUACAGCAAGACCUCGGUUUGAUAUUUUCUUGUGCUACCCUCAUUCCCAGUUAGUAAGUUAUUAGUAUUAAACUUUAUAAGCUGAUAUUGAUUAUUUUUGGUCAAGUUUUAUUUCUAGAUUAAUUGAUUAUCUGCUGACAAUGCAUGAUACUGUAUAAUUGAAAUGUGGCCGAAAAUCAUAUCUCAUCAUCUCACUUGCGAACAGUUCCUCGUUCUGAUCCUUUUUAAAUCUUUACAGCUUUACCCCUCAGGUUACAAGGUCCAUUUUCUGCAAAUGGUACUGGUCGGGUGGAAGUAUUCCAUAAUGGGGAAUGGGGAACAAUCUGUGAUGAUUAUUGGGGUAUAAAUGAUGCCAGAGUUGUAUGUCGCCAGCUUGGUUAUAAACAUGCUGUUAAAGCUCUUCAAGGGCGAGAUGUUCCUCAUGGUACUGGAAAGAUUUGGUUACAUGGUAUUGCUUGUACUGGGAGUGAGAAAAACUUGGGCGGUUGUACUCAUAGAUCAUGGGGAUCUCAUUAUUGCUCGCACGAUGAAGACGCAGGGGUGAAUUGUUCUUCAACAGGUAAAAAUCGUUUAUUGUUUUUAACCACUCUGUCUCAUCAGGUAAAUCAUUACCGGCUGGGAGAUCUGUACUGAAAAAUAUUUUCCCAAGGUCCGCUCCGCGCAGAAAUUUCGGCCUAGUGAAAAACGGCCUUUAAUUAACGGUAAAUAACGUAUUUAUUUUUUUGCUCUUUCCAUUUGCGCAUAAAUUAAACAAGUCGACAUCGUCCUGUUUUAAUCUAACGACUAUUGUGAUUCAUAUAUUUGGUUCAUGCAGUGCAUGUUAUGUAGACCACCGUAAGACACAGUGAAACAAUAUCUCGUAAUCCCUGUCGAUAGUUUCAGUCAAAUGUCAACAUUAUAGCGAUUUAUGGGAGUCAAGCGAAAUGGUAUAUUAUCAAAUUACGCAAUAUCGCUCGAUAAAUAGAAACUAGCCAUACCUUUUGGCUUUCGAACUUCGGCCCCUUGGGACAUACUACAGUGUAUGGGAAAGUACAUUUAUUACGCCGAGGGGUGAGGGAUGAAGAUGUCUUGAAAAAAGCUCAUAAUUUUACAGGGGCCCUGUUGAGGCUAUUGGUAAAUUUUUGAUGCCCCCACCUCCAAGUUUCUAAAAUUUUUAAUCCCCCCCCCCCAACAAAUAAAAAUUGGAAUCGAAGGAGUACAAUCCGGAAUUCUCUCUUGUCAUAGAUACAAUUUGCAGUUCCUCAAGAUGUCUGAUAUACUCAAGCAAGCGCUACUCCUCAACAUAAAUACCAAAUUGCUGCUUCUUUCACCUCAGUAUUGCCAGAUGAAAUGGCACCGUCUUUAAAAACAUUUUAGAUUGGCUCUAGGGGCGAAAUUAUCGACAGAUUGUUGUUGUCCGUCAUUCAGCGAGUCGGAGUUUUGAACACGUUCAGGUAGUGGCCGGGAUUUGCUGGAUCAGAUUAAUGUUCUAGAACCUUAGAGAACCUCGCCCCCACCCAACUUAUCUCCUGGUAUCUGUUGCAAAUUUCUUUGCAUGCUUGUCAAAAAUGCAUGCAAAAAUCCCAGUAUGCUUCAAUUUCUUUAUUUUCCAUCCCGUUUGUACUAAAUAUCCCAUGAACAUAGAACAUAUCAUUCUUACAAAUUAUAUGCUUUACUUGUUUUUGGAUCUGCUACUUUUUGGCGGGUAAAUUACUUCACAAGCCUAGCGCCAAAAAAUUAAAACAAGCCAUAGGUGAUUUCAUGUAUCCAUUUAGAAGAGCAGACUAAUGAUGCAUAUGUCUUAAAACUGAAAUCGGUUACGAUAUACAAUCACUAGGGACGUAGCGAAGCAUCUGACGUUUGGGGAGGGGAUGUCGGAGGAUUUUACGUGAAAUUUGAUUUUCAAUGUUAAAUAUUUCCUGAAGUCUAAUAAUUAUAAUAAUGCUUUUUGUGAUUGAUUGGACUCUAGGACUGAAUUUAUGGCGUUUCCUAAAGCAAAUUCGCAAACAAAUUGCAUGUAAAUGGACUGUAUCUUACAAAAAUGGUUAACAUUUCACAAAACUAGUUACUCUAUUAUGAAAAUGUCAAAAUUUUAACUUGGUUUUACAUGAUUUUUGCCUCAAUUUCAUAGUAGGGUGAGCUUUACACACCCCUCCCACACACCCCGGUCGCUACGAUCCUGACAACCAUUCCUUGCGAAAAUAAAAUGACUUAAGGUGGCUCCCUAGGGUUUUUAAUUUACUACACUAUUGUAUUCAGGAGACUCCUGUUUCUUUACUUUACAUGGCAUGAAAACGAAAUUUAUUGGAUACGUUGACAAUGUUCUACUGAACAUUGCAAAUUGCUACUUUUGUGUUAAAAAUAUGUUGUCAUGGCAACAGCAUGCUUAGAAUAAUGCUCAAAAUUUGUCUUUUUCAGGUCAUUUUAGAAAUUCCCUUCGGUGAAAUUUUUUAAAACUCUGCAUGAAAGAUAAUACUUGUAUGAUGAUUUUUCUCCUCAAUUUAAAAAAGUUAAAUCGAUACGUUUCUUAGAAAAUUUAAAAAACGUCAAAAAUCAAUAUUAAAAAUUUCCCCUUCGAUUUAAUUUUAAGAAAAGUAGAUAUUGCACUUGUUGUGCCGAUAUUAAAAAAUGUGCAAAGUUUUAAAAAAUUUUACCGAAGGAAAAACAGAGAAAUUUGGGUUUAAUUUUGGCAAUUUUUACUAGAUUUUUACGCGAACAAUUUAAUACCCCAACUGACGUGUACAUACAUUGUCUAUACCAAUACCCCAACUGACGUGUACAUGCAUGUACAUGAUUUUUACGCGAACAAUUUAAUACCCCAACUGACGUGUACACACAUGCUUUAUAUAAGUAGAGCAACGCUACGCCGAGCAAAAGUCGGUUUGAAGUAUAUGAUUGUUAUUUGUUAUAAAGACAGACUCAUAUUUGUUGUAAAGACAGCUUCAUAGUUAAGACUCGACUCGAUAUGUCAGCGAAUUUAAGCAAAAUGCACGAUCAAAUUUCAGUUUUUAUAGUAGUAUGUUUGGACUUUGGAGUUUCGGCCCUGCUCAUUUCACCCGUAGAGGGCUCAUUAUUUAAGUCAUCUUUAUUGUCAUAAGUGCUGCUAGAUUGUGGAGAAAACACUGCAAAUUCUUGAGCUAGGAAACUUCAUAUCAUAUCCCAAUGUUCGCGAUCGAACUUCGCGUACGGCGGUUUGAAAAACUUCCAGAAUAACGCUUGAAAAAAAAAACAAGUUUACAUUAUCUUCUUUUGAAACAUCACAUCCAAGUAUCGUUUUGGCUUUUAGAACUCUUUUUAUGCUUUCACUAAAGCAAAGUUCACACUUUUGUUUCAAAAAAAAUUCUAUAUAAAACACAACGUUCGUUCGUAUUUUGAAGUCACACGAGUUUUAGUUUACAUAUAUACGAAGAACGUAACCCCCGGACAUAAAACCCUCGGGAGCCACCUUAAAGUUCUAAAAAUCCGCAAUUUUGUUCUAUUAUUUGUAACAAUAUGGCAGAUUUUUCGACAUUUGUAUCGCUAUUUCUUCUCCAAUCUGAAUUCUACCCGCUAUCUCUAAAAUUGCGGAGCGCCUGGUUCACGAUCAGCUGGCAAACUUUUUGGAAAACUCAAGUCUGUUAUCACCUACCCAGUUUGGUUUUAGAUCUAAGUACUCAACUGGUCUCGCAGUUACCUACUUUACAAAUACAAUCAUUAAUGAAAUCGACCGUGGAAAUCUAGCGGGGGCAAUUUUUAUAGACUUCCGUAAGGCAUUCGACACGGUCGACCAUGCUGUUUUAAUUAAAAAGAUGGAGAUGCUUGGUGUUCGUGGUGUCCAGCUUAAAUGGUUUACGGAAUAUUUAUCAAAUAGACAACAAGUUGUAAUCUAUGAUAAUUAUAGAUCGGAUUAUUAUCCGGUUUCUUACGGUGUUCCUCAAGGAUCCAUCCUGUGGCCACUUCUGUUUUUGAUAUAUGUACAUUGAUGAUAUUUCCAAGGUUUUAAAACACUGUAACGUUAUCAUGUAUGCAGAUGACACCGUUCUUUAUUUCUCUCAUAAAGAUAUUAAAAGUAUUGAAGCUGUUUUGUCUGAAGACAUGGAUGCAGUUGCACAAUGGUUGCAGAGGAAUCAGUUGGUGAUUAAUCUUAAAGUCUAUUGUUUUGAUACAGCAAGACGUCUUGCAAAGGAAGGAAAUUUAUCCCUGUGUAUCCAAAUUGGAAGUGAUGUAAUUAGAAGUACCACUUCAUAUGUAUAUCUCGGUGUGAAGUUAGACCCAACGCUUAACUUUGGCCAGUAUCUGCACAGAACCUUCAAGAAAACAUCAAGUAAAAUGAAAAUGCUCAAGAACUUACAUUCUUCUUUGACAGUCCAGUCUGCUCUUAUGAUUUGUCAGUCCAUGAUUGUCCAUUAA